AUGCCGGCAAAGUCCUUCUUCGAUCUCAAGACUAGGGCGGUGCCGACGAGGUAUAGCUUGUCCAAGAACAUCCAGGACCUGCUCAUAGCCCUCGACGACUUCCAUCACGGAUCCAUCGACGCGGUAGAGAUUGGCAGACUCGUGCGCUUGAGUCCAAAUCGUAGGGCGGCCAUUGCCAAUACUAUCACGAAAUGUGCAAACAUCCUCAAGAGUCAGCCUACGGAGGUUGCCACCUGCGUAGAUGUCAUCGAAAUGUGCACAGAGCUUCUCGAGAUUGCAGACAGGAAGCCCCCGAUUGACGGAUUCCCCUUUUUUCGGCUGCCGGUAGAGAUACGAGAACGAGUCUUCACUCUCAUGAUAGACAACAUCUUCCGCACCAAAUCUAUCUUGCCAGCAAACAACAAGAUCGGCAACUGCAAGUGUCCUCGAUUCGAGCGAGAUAACACGUUUCAGACGUCUCAAAUGAAGGACCUAACAAAUAUCUUCGGCCCCAAUCUAAUUACUCUCGAGUUUUUCCGAGUCUUUUUUCGCACCAAGACGUUUCGAUUCCGAUGUCCCUGCGAACUGCGAACGCACUUGACGAACAACGGCAUGUUCUUUGACAAUGUGAGGAAGAUUGUGGUUCAGUGGAGCGGUCCUGAGGCGGCAAUGGCAUUUAAGCAAUUGAAAAAGGUUCCCAAGCUUAAGAGCCUGGGAAUCGUCAUCUCUAGGCUUACAUACAUCCACCUCAACGAACGAUCGGCCACAAUGAAGAACUACUUCCCUCUGGCAUACAAGAAUACACGACUAUCAGACAUCCUCGGCCUAGACGAGCUUUUAGAAAUACGCGGACUUAAUCUGGUCGAAGUCAUGCUUGCACAUUCUUCCAGAGGUGGCACUCAGUCACACGAGAUGGAUCGGGCAAACCUCUUGGAACUUUUAUCUGGCAGACUGACGAGGCCAAAGGGGGACGAUUAUGAUGUGGAGCUGGAAUGA